GGGCUCUAGUGAGCUCGGAAGAGCCUGAUCCUUCAUUGACUGAGAAAAAGGGCCGUCGCUUCGACGCGGAAGGUCCUGGGUUUCAUCCUCGAUAGCUCCAGAGAGGACCGGGAGAGAGCACGGCCUAAGCCCUAGAAGCUGAGAGGCGCUGCCUGGAGCCGAUGAUCCUGAGCUAGCAUAAGGCCACCUCCCUACGCUCCUCGAGAGCCCCGAAUCCCUGUCCUCUCUAGGCUGAACGGCCCAGACAGGACAGCCUAAAGCCUGGGGCGCCCUGACGUCGGGACCGCGUUUUCCAGCUCGCUCAGCACCUAGAAGGGCUCCUCCCUUCGAUUUCACGCCUUCCGUGCAAAAAGGGGGAAAGCAAAAUAGGCACUCUCAGACAGCCACAAUCCUUCUAAACCUAACAAAACGAAACAGAGCAGGGGUGUGUGUGAAGCGACCAGAUUUCAAAUCAUUAUUAGGAACCUUCCCAUUGUCCGGGGCGGAUGGGGGUUCAGACUUUUUACAGGAUCUUUUGAGUUGGAGGUUCCUUCCUGUCUCCGUGAAAGGCGUUUGAUGGCAGGACUGGCAGCCCCUCACACCUGGCCAUUCCAGACGCGUUGUUUUGUCACGGAGAAAUUGGAAAGGCGUGUUGAAAUGAAUCGGGAAACGGCCGAUAUUCCAUGGCAAGGCUUCCAUUCUUUUGUUUACCGUUGAUUGCAGUGGACUUUAUUUCUGCGAAAGUAUGAUAAGGAAGGGCAGAUUGGUGUAUGUUUUGAAGCUGCCAGAGGAGAGAAAUCAAUUGUCUGGCAUCAACAUUUUCUUAAAGAAGUGUUACUGAACUCCUCCUGCAGCAGCACUCAGCCAAAUACCAAAGUCCCUGGACCAUUACUAGAAGAAGUAGGUGUCAGAGAAGCACAGACAGGAUUAAACACAAGAGUGUCCACUUUUCCUUUUGGAACUUCUCCUUCUACCCCCAAUCCCAAUACAAGUGAAUUUGCUCCAUCCAUGCAUUGGAGUGUGUCGUACUCCCAUCACUGCGUCAGAGCUAUGCAAACAAAUGACACUCUUAGAAGCACCAAACUAGACUAUAUAAGGGGCAGCACUGAAGGGUUCUGCUACAACUUCAAGGCUGCAUCUGCUCUCUGUGUACAGCAGUAGCAAUCUGCACCUCAUUUAAAAGCUAUGUACAGUGGGAUCUGCACCUGUUUGUUCCUGGCUGUGCUGUCCAUGAGCUCUUUGGGACAGCAGACUUCAGGGUCGCACAAUGGCAGUCCCGUGGUCACCGAUCUUGAGCAGAGCUUGCUAGAAAGCCAUCGGCAUGUCCGUACCCCAGCAGGCUCCGGGAAAUCUAUUCAGCAGGUGGAUGGCAGCAUUGACCAAAAAGCCAACCUGGGAGCUCUCUUGGCCAAAUACCUCCAGCAAGCCCGGAGAGGUUCUACUGGAAAGGUCUCUGUAAUGGGACUACAGAGUUUUGAUCCUACACACAGGAUAAGAGACAGAGACUACACAGGCUGGAUGGAUUUUGGACGCCGCAGUGCUGAAGAAUAUGAGUAUUCUUCUUAAAGAGUACUCUUCUGAAAGAGCUUCAAACUAUGCUUAAAAGAAAUGAAAAUCAACUCCCAUUUCUGUACAGGAAAAAAUGUCAUCCUUUUCAGAUCAGUGUUUUAAAAGAAACAUAUGUACUUGAUGUAAAUUUGUCUGUAAAACUAUACAAUGCAAUAUAUAUUAUAUAAACAUAUGCAGAAUUUUCCAGAAAAAAUCUCUCCUACAGUUUCUUACCACUCAUUGUAGACAUAUUAAAAAGUAUUUCACUCAUCUGUCUGUUGUUUGAUCACCACAAUUGUUGAUGCGUGUCACAAUCCACUGCAAAAGCAAAAUGCUUUCCAAUCAUUCAUACACUAUUAAUCUGAACAACUUCCAAAGGAGUGCUUUUUUAGAAAAAGAAAAAACCCUGUUAGAGCAUGUUAUAGACAAUCUGUCCAGAUAUCAACAUGAAAAGCAUUUUCAUGGUUAUAAUCCACUUAAAAAAAUAAUUCAAACAAAUCUCGAAUGACUAUAAUGAGUGCCGCAUCAGCAGCUAAACAUUUCACCUUUAGGUUCAAUAUUUUUCUCUUGUGAAGUAAAUGUGAACAUUCUGCUACAAUUAUUAAUUCCAGAAUAAACAGAACAUCCCUUGCCUCAUGGUGACUUAUACAUUUGUUUUGAAGUACAAGAUGAACUUUUCCCAUCCAUCACCGCAGAAAGAAUGUGGUUACUUUGCUAUGGUUAGAAGAAAUACAGUGUGGCUGAUACAAUAA